AUGAGAGGUGGAAACAUCGAAAACAAAAGCAAGGAACAGAAGAAGAAGAAGAAGCGGCUAGACAUCAGAAAAGGAAAACAAACGCAAAAAGGUUCAUUUUCUUGUAGUUACCCUAAAACGACAAGAAAUCUGGCAAAUCUUGGAGGAUUGAGAGCCCGCUUGUCCUUGAAGCAAGCAAUAUCGGGUUGCCAAAACGACGACGAAGAGUGUCGCCCUUGGCGUCACAGGCUUUCCUCUUCUAUGGCUGCUUUCACAUGGGGUUCUCUUCUUAGGAUCACUGUCUUUCUUCUCCUUAUUGCCGCUGUUGUUUUCGCCCUCUUCACUCUCCCUGUUGAAAAGAUUUUGAAGGACUUUUUGUUAUGGGUUGAGCAGGAUCUUGGGCCUUGGGGUCCUCUUGUACUGGCCGUUGCAUAUAUUCCUCUAACAGUCUUGGCUGUCCCAGCAUCAGUUCUUACUCUUGGUGGUGGAUAUCUUUUUGGGUUGCCUGUGGGCUUUGUUGCUGAUUCUCUUGGUGCCACCAUUGGUGCCGGGGCAGCAUUUCUUCUAGGAAGAACAAUUGGUAGAUCUUUCGUUGUCUCCAAGUUGAAGGAUUAUCCAAAGUUUAGGUCAGUUGCAAUUGCAAUUCAGAAGUCUGGCUUCAAGAUUGUUCUGCUGCUUCGGCUUGUUCCUUUACUGCCUUUUAACAUGCUGAAUUACCUGCUGUCUGUCACUCCUGUUCCAGUAGGGGAAUACAUGCUGGCUUCCUGGAUAGGAAUGAUGCCAAUAACACUUGCUUUAGUAUACGUUGGAACAACUCUCAAGGAUCUUUCUGAUGUGACGCAUGGGUGGAGUGAGUUUUCAACUACUCGUUGGGUGCUUAUUGGAUUGGGCCUUGUUGUAUCUGUGGUUCUAAUGUUUUGUGUUACUAAAGUUGCCAAGUCUGCUUUGGAUAAAGCUUUGGCCGAAAAUGAGGAUCUAGAUUUCAUUUUGGCUUCACCUCAAUUACCUAUUGCAGCGGAUGCUCCUGCUAAUCUGAACCAGCCUCUCAUUAUCAAGAUAGACCCAUCUGAAGACAGCCAUGAAAAUUGA